AUGGAUGACUUUGAAACAGCGGUCAUCUACAGUUUUGAUCCGCUAAUUGGAGAUGAUCUCAAGCAAAAGGCAUUGGCACUGACCAACAGCGUCAAAGAGUCACCCGACGGCUGGAAGUAUUGCACCGAGAAACUGUUUCAAACUAAAUCAAUACAUGUCAAGUUCUUUUGCUUUCACGUCUUCCAAGAUCUUCUCUUACACAAAUACGCACAGCUCAACGAUGAUGACAAAUUCAAAUUAAAAUCGACUCUGAUCAACUAUUUGAAAAUGGUACUCGCAGUUCAAAAUGAAGAAGCAGCUGUUAAGAAUAAAUAUGCACAGAUUGUAGUAUUGCUGUUUAAACAAGAAUAUCCAGAGAACUGGUCAUCGUUUUUCCAAGAGUUCUUAUCGUUGCUAUCGAACGGUCCCAAUCUUAUCGAUAUAUUCUUAAGAGUAUUGAAAGCGAUCGAUGAAGAAGUAGUUUCGUAUGACGUACAUAGAUCAACUGCCGAGUUGGCACAUAACACAUUUAUCAAAGAUACAAUGAGAGAUAGUGCAAUCAAAGAUAUCGUUUUAUCGUGGUACGAGAUAUUAGUACAUUAUCAUCAAUCUAAUCCACAAUUAGCCAAUAUGACACUUCAGAAUAUUAAAUAUUAUGUUGGUUGGAUCGAUAUCAAUUUGAUUGUUAAUGAUAAGUUUAUACCAUUGUUUUUCAAGUUGUUGAAUAACAAGGCAUUACGCGAAGAGGCAUGCGAUUGUUUCAAAGAGAUUGUCAAUAAAGGAAUGGAUUCUAGUGCAAAACUAUCAUUGAUUAAACAACUUCAGAUUACAGAGAUUGUCAAUGUCGUUGCACUCGAUGACUUGGACUUUAUUAUCAGAGUCGGUAGUUUAGUGAAUCUAACCGGUAUGGAAGUUUUAAGAGGUUUAGAAUCUGUUUCACAAUCACAAGAUAAGAAAUUUGAAGGUGGAGAUCAACUUUUAGAGCAGAUGCUGGCAUUGUUAUUAAAGUUUAUGAAUAACGAGCAUAAUGAUGUUUCCGUUUCUGUUAUGAAUUUCUCUGCAUUAUAUAUUACAAAAAUCAUACGUAAUAAGAUGAAAUACAGUGCGGAUUUCGACUUUAAGAAUAUCGAUGGCGAAGAGGAACAACAGUUUACAGAGUUUAGAAAGGAUCUAUCGACACAGUUCAGAAAUAUCUUUCGUAUCUGUCCAGAGAUGGUCGGUUCGUUCGUGCACAACAUCCUCACCAACAUUGUGCAAGAUCCUUCAAAGUACUUUUUCACCGACAUUGAAGUUGCCAUCUAUCUCCUCUUCCAAAUGGGUGAAGGAAUCUCUGCCACCCCCGAAGACACUAUGAAAUCAUUUGAACGUUUCUUUGGUGCAAUGGUUGUACUAUUGUCAUCUAGCAAAAUCGUAGAGAAUGAAUUACAUCAGAUUGUAGCAUUGAUUUACUUUGAGACGGUGGUACGUUAUGCAAAGUAUAUUCCUGCAGAUGCACAACAGUUGAAUUCAAUCUUGAUGACAUUCUUGGAUAUACGUGGUGUUCAUAACCGUAAUCCAGUGGUUCGCAGCCGUGCCGGAUAUUUAUUAAAUAAAUUGGUUAAACAAUUAAAGGUUCAACUCUUUCCAUUUAUUAAUAAGAUAAUUGAAUCUCUAAAGAAUCACCUCAUUAUAUCAUAUGAAAUUCAAAAGGAAGUACCAUUCGAUGAACAACUAAACUUUUACGAAUCACUUGGUGUUUUGAUUGGUGGUGCAUCUUUAUCACCACAAGAAGAACAAAACUAUGUAGAAAAAAUACUUACAAGUCCAUAUCAAAAGAUGGAGGAAAUCAUCACCAAAGCACUCUACAAAAGCGAUACUAAAGAGAAUCCUUUCUAUACAACUCAAUUAGUUCAAUUGAUUAGUGUAAUAGGUACCUUUAGUAAAGGUUUCACACCUGUCAAUAACUCGACAGGAACUCUUAAACCUGAACCACACUCCUAUAAAAUCUACUUUACAAAAUCACUUUUACUUAUCAUACAAUUACCGAAUCUUAUUCAACAAAACGAAGAAAUUAAAUCAAGAACAUUUUUUUAUAUGCAUAGAAUGGUCGAUUGUUUGGGCGUUGACUUGAAACCAAUGUUGCCAGAGAUAUUACCAACCAUUUUGAGCUAUGCCAACAACAUUCCAACUUUGAUCGAAUUCAUAAUGAUACUCAACAACUCACUCUCCUCAACAUUCACCUCACCCAAAAACAUCAAUAUAUUCGAACAAAUAUUAUCAACUAUCAUCGCUGGUUGCACUCUUUCAAAUGAAGGUAUUCAAAAGACAUCAUUUUCAAUCAUUAGAAGAUUAAUCGAAGAAUAUGGUCAAGGUGGAAACAAACCUGUAGAAGGAUUCGUAAAGUUUAUUUAUAAUCAGAUUCUCCCGAUUUGUUUGCAGGCACCAUUGCAGCCACAGUUCAACAUUGCCGACGUAGCAUCAAACCAGGUUUUAAUGGAAAUCGCUAAAUCAUUGAAACUUAUUGCUCAAAAGUACGGCGAUGAAUUCAUCAACUAUGUUGGUAGUGCAUUCCUACCAUCGAUUCAAAUCCAAUCCACAGAGAUUAUCCAACGCUUCACUCAACUACUUCUCCCAACAGCACCACUAAAGGAUUUCCAAGAGUUGUUUUGUAAGAGUGGAAAGCCCCUCCAAGAAGAAAUAGUUCCUUAUAAUUUACUUGAGAAGAAAAAUCAGAAGAUGAACAAUCAAAACCAUCAAAAUAAGAAACAAAAAUUGGGUAAUGAAAAUUAUAUUUAUCAAUAUGAUAUUUCUCCUGACAAUAAUGAUAGGAAAGAUCCAGUUCCCAAAAAUAAUUUUAAUUUGGACUAUAAUUCAUAUAUGGAGCAUAUGUUCAAAAAUGUUAAAGAAAUGGAGUAUAUUCAAAAACUUGAAGAGGAAAUAGAACAGAUGAAAAUAAAAGAAAAAGAAUACCUCUAUCUUUUGGAGGAAUCAAGAAAUCAAUAUAAAUUGAAAAAGGAAAAGAGUCAAAUAUUGAAAUCUAUCAUCAAAUAUAUUGAGAAUUUAUCCCAAGAACAAUAUUAA